AUGCCUCAGACAAGAGGAAGUAUCAUUCCUUCAAAUGCCGGAACUGCAGAUGGAGUAAAAUUCUCCGCAUGCUGGGUGCUUGUGUUGGAUCUCCAGCGAUUGAAUCAAAAUACCGCCGUCAAUGUCGACAAGCCGUUUAGUGAGUUCGGCAAGGCUACCACCGAGUCUCCCGUUGAGGAGAGAGCCGAUCGCGAUGAUGGGAUCGGCGAAAAGGCGACAAUCGAGAGGAGCGCGAGUAGCGGGUGA